AUGGCGCCUGGGUACGGGCAUGGUGGCAAGCGGAAACGCAUUGAUCGCUCGUGGUCCGGCGAGUCAGGGAGCAAUGACCUGCGACCUUCACCCCAUCGCCCUGGCUCCCUCAACAUGGCACAUCAUCCUACCAACCCCGGACACCAAUCCCCCACUCCCCGAGAGCAAAACGACACGCGUGACAGAUCUCGCCGACAAUCGCAUCGCAGCCGGGCUGGUUCCCGCCGCGGAUCCAACGAUGGUCAGAAUUUUUCGAAUUCGCAGCAUAGAGAACCGAACGCCAUGUCUCCUCCCGCAAUGAACCAGCCCAGGGAGCCUGUCGAACCCGCGUCGUACAAUGGCGACUCAGCCACGUCGCGACCUACCCCGUCUCCUGCGCCGAAUACUCCUGCUUCACAGCCGCAACCUAACCCGCCGUCUCGAGCUGGCUCGGAGACCAUCACCCGCCCUCCCUCCCUCCCACCCCCGCCUUAUGAUUACGAAUAUGUGACCGAUAAUGCUGUUGAGGAAUGGACUUCAGCGGGCAAGCAAAAGGUAGUCGAAGAAGGGAUUGCGGCUCGCGUGCAACAGGAUCUGGCUCGGCUUGCGUCUGUCUACCAGGAGCUUAUUCGCUCCGCCAUCUAUGGUCGGCUGCCACCAUCAAACGCAGGAAAUGCUGUCAAAGAGAUCAUCGGAGAAGAAUCUGCGUCCCAGGAUGUGGAUAUGGAGGCCGACACUGGAAAGCCUACGAUCCAAGGAAUCGAUCCGCGAUCCUUGUUCCUCGAUACACUUUCCAUCGUGACUGAUGCUGAUACCUCGAACCCGGCUCUCAAACCACUUGUAUUUGCGACAGAUAUUGAUCCUUCUUUGAUGCGUCUUCAGCUUGAGACCCCGUUGUUGCAGGCUCUGGGCUUGGUUCGCGAAACCUUCGCGCGAAUGGGAAUUCGCAAGCAGACCAAUCUCCUCUACCGACAGUCGAACUACAAUCUUCUCCGAGAAGAAUCGGAGGGAUACUCAAAACUCAUCACCGAGCUAUUCACCACAAGCAACAAUGAGCCGCCCUCGAGCGAGGUGGUUGAGGAUACAUUUGAAAGAGUCAAGGCUAUGAUUGGCGCAUUUGACAUGGAUGUUGGCCGUGUGCUAGACGUCACACUGGAUGUGUUCGCUGCAGUUCUUGUCAAGCAAUACCGUUUCUUCGUGAAGCUCCUGCGAGUUAGCUCCUGGUGGCCGAAGGAAGACACCUUCCACAACCUAGCGCAAAGCCAUUGCCACUCCGGCAUUCCGAAUUGGGCACUUCCUGGAUCAACUGGGUGGGUCACAACGGAUGAGGAGCGGUCCACUACUGUGCGCGCGAAUGAGGAGCGCGAUAGCCAAUUCUGGGAUCGAGUAAGGGAAAUCGGACUUCAAGCCUUCUUUGAGAUCGGCCGCAAACCGAUCUCAGAGGAGGAAAGGCAACGAAGUCUUUCAGAAACUAAUAGUUCAUCCUUUGAAGAAGAUGCCACACGAUCAUGGCUUGAAGAGACUGGCACUCUACCCCCAAAGGGCAAUCGGGUUGCAGCACAGUUGCUUGGUUUCAAGUUGCGAUUCUAUUCUUCUUCAGCUCGAACCAAAGCCGAUGUUCUCCCUGAUAACCUCAUUUACCUUGCUGCCCUCCUCAUCAAAGUUGGCUUCAUCUCUCUGCGUGACCUUUACGCUCACCUCUGGCGAUCUGACGACACCAUGGAGAUUUUGAAGUCUGAAAAAAUGGCAGAGAAAGCUGAAAGAGUGAAGGCUGGCCGACCGGGUGGUGGAAUCAAUGCUUUGAUGAUGGCUGGCGCUUUGUCGGACGACACAGUUCCCCUUCUCGCUUGCGGGACGAGCCGCGAGUGGCGACUCCUGAAAGUACUGCUCCUCAAGAGUCUCCUCGCCAUUGGUGCCAUUCCCGAAUCCCUUUUCGUCAUCAGCAAGUUCCCCUGGUUGAUGGAGGGUUACCCCGAGCUUCCCGAGUUCAUCCACCGCAUACUCCAUCACUCUUUGAACAAGGUUUACAUCCAGUUCCGACCAUUGGCAUCUACCGGUGACUUCCCCGGAGCUCAAUAUAUAGUGACCUCCGAUCAAACCAGCGCGAAGGGGCAGGAAGACACUAACGACGGCACCGACUAUCGAUUCUACUGGGAUGACUGGGCCGAUAACAUCCCCAUUUGUCAGUCUGUCGACGAUGUUUUUGCUCUUUGCUCGUCUUUCCUCAACCUUUCUGGUCACAAGAUUGGACAAGAUGCCAGCCUUUUGGCGAAGCUUGUACGCAUUGGAAAAGGAAGCUUGGUCCAAGACGGAUCCGAAGAGAACAGAACACGCUGGCGCGAUCUUUGCAAGCGUCUUCUCCUACCCGCUGUCAGUCUAACAAAAGCAAAUCCUGGUGUGGUCAAUGAAGUCUUUGAUCUCAUCAGCUUCUUCCCCAGAGAUGUGCGAUACAACAUGUACGCAGAGUGGUACUCAGGACAGACGUCCCGGCUGCCAGACAUUAAGGAGGCCUUCGACCAGGCGAGGGCGGAGACCAAGGACACCCUCAAACGACUCAGCAAGACAAAUAUCCGACCCAUGGCCCGUGCAUUGGCCAAGAUUGCUUACGCCAAUCCCGGAAUUGUCAUUAAUGUCGCCAUGAGCCAAAUUGAGUCGUAUGAAAACCUCAUCGAAGUUGUGGUUGAAUGCGCACGCUAUUUUACUUACCUUGGCUAUGACAUCCUAUCUUGGUCUCUUAUCAAUUCCCUUGGCCAGAAAGGAAGAAGUCGAGUCCAGGAAGGUGGACUAUUGACUAGUCGAUGGUUGAACGCCCUCUCCACAUUCGCCGGUCGAACUUACAAACGGUACUCUGUGAUGGACCCUACCCCAGUCCUCCAGUAUGUGGUGGAGCAACUGCGGCACAACAACUCGACCGAUCUGAUUGUGCUAGAGCAACUGAUCAGGUCAAUGGCUGGCAUCAUCUCAGACAACGACUUCAACGACGCUCAAAUUCAGGCCAUGGCCGGUGGUGAUGUUCUCCAAUCCCAGACCAUCUUGCAACUACUAGAUAAGCGUCAUGAGUCCAGGACCACCUCAAAACGGUUGGUCCAUUCAUUGACCCACACCAGACUCGCCGGUCAGCUGUUGGUUGCCAUUGCCCAAGAACGACUGACUUGUGUGUACAAUGAAACUUCUUCGGAGCUCAAAUUGCUCGGAAAUAUUUUUGACGAGAUCCACCGCAUUCUCACCCAAUACCUUGACCUGCUUCGCAGCAAUCUCUCGGUUGAUGAUUUUGAUUCCUUCGUUCCAGACUUUUCAUCCCUCGUCACGGAGUUUGGGAUUCAGCCCGAAAUCGCCUUCUGGAUUCGGCGGCCCAGCAUCGCCCGGAAAAUCACGGACAUCGAGGAAUCAAAACAAGAAAAAGAACGUUCAGCUUCUGCGUCGAAGUCGAACGGCGACAAGAUGGACACUGCCGAGGACGAAGAAGCGCCUUCAAAGUCCGAAGACGCUGCGGCAGACGGUUCCAUGGAUGUCGAUAAGGACGAAACCGCAAUUACGACUCCGAUGGAAGGACCCGAUGCUACGCCCGUUCCUGCGGUCAAUGCUGAACCAUUGGCAGCCAACCCCGUCAUGCAAGAUUUGAUCGACGAUGUCAGAACUGCUCUUCCUGCCGAAACAUGGGAGACUAUCGGCGCACACUUCUAUGCAACAUUCUGGCAGCUUGCCCUUUAUGAUGUUCAUAUCCCGCAGAAAUCCUACGAGGAUGAAAUUGACAGACUCAAACGGCGGGUUGUCUCUAUCAACAGUGAUCGAUCUGAUAUUAGCAUGGCGGGCACGGCGCGAAAGGAGCAACUGAAGCGCCAGGUUACUCAGCUACAGGAACGCAUUCUGGAUGAGAAUAAGAAUCACCUGAAGGCAUAUGGGCAGACACGCUCUCGGUUGCAGAAAGAGAAAGAUAAGUGGUUCGCCGGCAUGCGCCUCAAGCAUGACGCUCUCAACAUUGCUCUGUUGGAGCAAUGCUUCAUUUCCUAG